AUGAUAUCAACUUCCGGUUGUACGACUCGUGAAAAAUUAGAUAAUAAUGAUAAAUUAUGGAGUCCGGGAGUAAGUGAUAAUUCAACGAGUUAUUCUGGAAGACGUGGUUCUCUUCAAUUAUGGCAAUUUUUAGUUGCUCUUCUGGACGAUCCGAGUUGUGCUGCUUGCAUUGCAUGGACAGGAAGAGGAUUGGAAUUUAAAUUAGUCGAACCGGAAGAGGUUGCUCGACGAUGGGGAGUACAAAAAAAUAGGCCGGCAAUGAAUUACGAUAAACUUAGCAGAUCACUUCGUUACUAUUACGAAAAAGGAAUAAUGCAAAAAGUUGCUGGAGAACGUUACGUAUAUAAAUUCGUAUGCGAUCCGGAAGCUUUGUUUAGCAUGGCAUAUGGUGGAAACGAUAGAAAAGAUAUUAUUUCAUCGGAUCCAAUAAAAUCUUCUUCGUCGUGUUAUACUGACGUCAUUUCCGUUAAUGCAACCAGGAGUUAUUCUUUUCAACAAUAUUUAAGUGAUCCUGAUAGAUCUACGACAAAAUGUCAGACUCAGAGUUUAUCAUCACUCAAUGGUACUAAAAAUAUUAUUUUUGACAGUGACAGUAAUAAUAAAUUAGGUUUUUUAAAUAGAGGGGAAAGUUCGAAUACAGGUACAACCUUAACAUUAGAUUUACCCGGAUCGCAUUCGAGUGAAAAAUCAUCGGAAGAAAAAUCAAAUAAAGAAAAUUUAACUACAUCAAAUAAUGGUAUUGAUAAAUUUCAAUGUUUGGGAGUUAACGGUUGCGUUUGUUAA